AGCCCGAGCAGAGCGACAAGUUAUUCUGAAUAACCAAGAAUUGCUGACCAGUGAUGAAACAUAGAACAAUUAACCCAUAAUCUCAUUAAUAAAAUCCGCGAUCAUAACUGGGAUAUAAUCAUAAUAUAUAUAAAAACAACUUAUUCGCAAUGGGGGACGAUCGAGGAGGAUUCAUAAGAGUCAGCACAAUAGAACAACAUGAGCAACAAAUGACAAACGAGGAAUGGGAAGAAGAAUGGGAUCGUCUCGCAGGUUACUAUGGGGCAGAGCACGUCACGCUCGAGCAGAUGCUCGACAACCUGCUUCGUGUGUCUCAGGACCAGCACGUCUCGGACGAGGUCAUCUACCAGGCGCUGCUGGAGGCUGACAGCAACAAAGAUGGACUCAUCAGCAAGCAGGAGUUCUUCAACAUCAGAAGCACUACGCCCCCCAGCGGUGUACUGCGGCGGUUGGUGCGUCAGGCAGCGUGGUGCGUAGUGCCGGCCUCGGAGCGCGACCUGCAGCAGCGCAAGCUCGUCGAGCGAUGCUCCUUCUGGCCGCCUCCUGUCUUCAUCCUCGUCAUGUCCCUAGCGCAGGUGGGUUCUGUCCUCAUGGUCGGCAUGUCGGUGCUCCUUCUGGCCGCCUCCUGUCUUCAUCCUCGUCAUGUCCCUAGCGCAGCCCCAGGUCACCACCAUCAUGCCUCCUACUCCCCCAGGUCACCACCAUCAUGCCCCUACUCCCCCAGGUCACCACCAUCAUGCCCCUACUCCCCCAGGUCACCACCAUCANUACAUUCCGGCUGGCUGCACCUGGUCUCUAACCUGGUGACACAGCUCAUGUUCGGGCUGGUGCUGGAGUUUGUGCAUGGACCGGUCCGGCUGUGCGGGCUGUACCUCGCGGGCGUGGUGUGUGGUGCGCUCGCCACGUCCGUUGCUACGCCGCGUUUCUUCCUGGCCGGCGCGUCGGGGGGCGUGUACGCCGUACAAUACGCACACGUCGCCAACCUCAUCAUCAACUGGGACGAGCUUCACUACCCCGUGCCCCAGGCCGUGGUCAUCUCAGUGAUCUCUGUGGUCGACAUCGGCUACUCCAUCUACGAUACCUUCUACGUGGCGUCUGCUUCUCACACUGGGCACGUCGCUCACAUAGGAGGCGCUGUAGCAGGCUUACUGCUCGGCAUCUGUUUGCUCAAGAACAUCAAACAAAUAGACUGGGAACGCUACUGCAAGCUAGGUGCUGCUAUCCUGCUGUCACUGCUGGUGCUGGUGACAGUGCUGGUGAACUGUCUCGCCACUUCCUACUACCCUGAGAACGACUACCGUAGCCACGCAGACGUGCGGCAAAGCUGGAUGGCUGCCAACCAUCUCAACCAAUUCUACUUGGGUCCUUAGCAUACGAAGUCGAUCUAGUGUUGUAGUGUAGAGUUUUUGUCACUUUAUAAUUACUAAUAAGGCCCCUAGAACAAUGCUAAGAUCUUUUAAUCAUCAACCAUUUUCGCAUGCAGUUAGGCUGACUGUUCGAGUAAAUGAAUAUUAUGAGAGCCCGAAACUCGGUGAACUCUGCAAACUGUAAAUUUCCUCUUGAAUCUUUGUUACCCUGCAGUAUGUCUCACCUGCUUACAUGGAACUCCGGUAACUAAUUAGGCCCUCAAUUAGUUUCGAUUUAUACGGAAAAUAUUACAUACUUUUUUCUGACAUCCUUCCUCCCAGCACUUGCCAUCUGAACAUACGGACGAGUUAAUAUUCGAAUUCUGAGUUUGUUUCGGUAUCUGGCGCUUUAAGUCAUUCUUAACUUAACUCUUACUGUAAAAAUUCAAAUCUCUAAAACAAUAAUUUUGAUUCAGUGUCCUGAAAUUCCUUUAUGUUAACACAAAUUUGAUGUGAAUAACAGCCAUUUGUCAUAUAGAAUGGGUAUAUUUGCCACGAUCAGACACGCAUAGAGCUUUGCUUCAAUCUUCAUAUCUCAACAAGAUAUUCAUUAGUGGCAAUGGCAGGUUUUAGUUCAAUGUCAUCCGGCCUGAGGAAACCCCCACUGCGCGUCGACAAUCUCAGGGCGUCCGCUACACGCCGCACGAAAUACCCAAAAGAAUGUCAAAUCACAAGCAAAACAAAAGCUUUUGUUUUUGUUUAGCUAUUAUUUAGGACGAUGAACGACACUGCCAGCCCUCGGCCCCCUGUACCAGCCCUCAGCGCCAUGCACCAGCCCUCGAUCAGCGCCCUGCACCAGCCCUCAGCGCCCUGCACCAGUCCUCAGCGCCCUGCACCAGCCCUCAGCGCUCUGCACCAGCCCUCAGCGCCCUGCACCAGCCCUCAGCGCCCUGCACCAGCCCUCAGCGCUCUGCACCAGCCCUCAGCGCUCUGCACCAGACCUCAGCGCCCUGCACCAGCCCUCAGCGCCCAAACCUUGAGUUCUAACGCGCGCUUUAAUCUGGAGCAGAACGUCUUCCGGUGGCAAUUAGAGAACACAGAUGACAGGAGUUGCUGAGCUGGAAAUUGGCUUCUCAAGACUGUGAUCCAAUCUCUGUGCUCCAGCUGAACAUGAUUGAUCAAUUGUAUUUCCCUUCCAAACGCACGCAAAUCAGCAUUUUGGAUUUAUGAUAUGUUUUUUGUGUAAUCAUGUUCAGAAGUGCGUUCUGGAAGCUCGUAUAAUUUUUGUAGGAAGGUUUUCAAUUUGAAUGUUGGUUUGUUUUUUUUUCCUUUCUAUGUGUAGCGUAUUCCUUUUACUGGUGACGCCGUCUAUUUUGAUAAGUUGGUUUUGACUCGCACCUUGCUGAUUGGUCAUUAAUUUGAGACAAAUUUGUUACUAUUAUUAAUUUUUUUUAAAUUGCCAA